AGAUGGGAGUGUUCCCCUCAUGUUUUAGGUGAAACUACUUGCCAUGAAAUCCUGAGGGAGAUAGAGGGACUGCAGUGGGAAUUCCUUCUCACUCCUCCACAACAAAUCCAACAACUGCCUAAUGGGAUUGCCUCUCUGCCUGGCGUCAUGGGGAGCUGCUGCAGCUGUCUGUGCACAGACAGCAUCCCAGACAACCAUCCCACCAAAUUCAAGGUGACCAACGUGGACGACGAGGGGCACGAGCUGGGCUCGGGGGUGAUGGAGCUGACGCCGCGGGAGCUGAUCCUGCACACGCACAAGCGCGAUGCCGUGCGGUGGCCGUACCUGAGCCUGCGGCGCUACGGCUUCGACUCCAACCUCUUCUCCUUCGAGAGCGGCCGCCGCUGCCACACCGGCCAGGGGAUUUUUGCCUUCAAGUGCUCCCGAGCAGAGGAAAUCUUCAACCUGCUGCAGGACCUGAUGCAGUGCAACAGCAUCAACGUGGUGGAGGAGCCCGUGGUGAUCACCAGGAACAGCCACUCCUCGGAGAGGGAGCUGGCCCACAGCCCCCAGGGCCCCAGCAGUCUGGGCUACACUGGACUUCCCAAUGGAUUUCAUAACUUCACUGGAGAAUCCCUGUCCUACUCUGCAGCCCAGCACCCCUCAGUGAGCAGCCUGAGACAUUCCUCUGUGGGGGAAGACUCUACCCACCCCCUCCUGGGGCCUGAGGAGCAGUCCCACACCUACGUCAACACCGGGGAGCCGGAGCCGAGGGGCCGGCACUGUAUGCACUCCUUGCCUGAAGCCCACCCUCCUUUCCCCCCUAGGAACCACAGCUGCUCCCUGGAAGACCGCAACCCCCAGGUCUUCCUGCAGCCAGGGGAGGUGAAAUUCGUGCUGGCUCCCAGCUCCGGCUACCGCCGGCUGUGCCGGCACCCCCGGGAAUGCCAGCCUCACCUCUGCCCCCCCAACAACAACAACAACGAGUGCCAGCAGGGCUGUCCGUCCCCACAGUGCGUCUACGAGAACCUCAACGGGCUGGUGGCCCCCAGCACCUCGUCCCUGUGCCGGGCUGGCCGCUCCAAGGUGUCCCGGGAGGACGGGAGCUGCUCCCAGCGCCGCUCGGCGCUGCUGCACUACGAGAACCUGCCGGCGCUGCCGCCGCUCUGGGAGCUGCAGCCGGCCCGGCACAGGGACGAGGACGCUGGCACGGCACCCACGCCGUCCCCAAAUGGCUUCUCCGAGGCCGGCGAGGAGGAGCCCCUGCAGAAUUCCGCGGAGCCGCGCCGCGCUUUCCUGCCCAGGCCGCGGCGCAGCCGCCUGCCCAACGUCUUCAGCUUCGACUUCCCCCGGCCCUGCCCGGAGCCUCCACGGCAGCUCAACUACAUCCAGGUGGAGCUGGAGCCCGAGCCCUGCAAGGGACGGCAGGAGCCGCGAGUGGCAGCCCCUGCCAGCCCCGGUGCCCGCCGCACCGACUCCUACGCCGUCAUCGACCUCAAAAAGACGGCGGCCAUGUCCAGCCUGCAGCGGGCCCUGCCCAGGGACGAUGGCACCUCGAGGAAAACUCGGCACAACAGCACUGACCUGCCCCUGUGAGGGCCCCAAGUGCCAGCCCCGUGUCGUGGCUUUGGUC